AUGAAUGGAUAUCUACAUGUAGUAAACAUAUUGAUCCAUAGAGGAGCAAAUAUAGAAGCUAUCGAUGAUCAACAACGGACACCAUUGUACAUUGCAACUGAAAAUGGUCACUUGCAGGUUGUGCAGUUUCUGAUUGGUAAAGGCGCCAAUGUUAAUACUGUUGAUGUGAAAGUGCAGUUUCUGGUUAGUAAAGAGGCCAAUGUUGAUGCUGUUGAUGUAGAAAAUUGGACUCCAUUGCACCUUGCAUUUCAAAAUGGUCACUUGCAGGUAGCGCAGUUUCUGAUUAGUAAAGGCGCUGAUGUCAAUGCUGCUAUUAAAACUAAUAGGACUUCAUUGCACACUGCAUCCCAAAAUGGUCAUUUGGAGAUAGUGCAGUUUCUGGUUAAUAAAGGCGCCAAUGUUAAUGCUGUUGAUGUAGAAAAUAGGAUUCCAUUGCACACUGCAUCUCAAAAUGGUCAUUUGGAAGUAGUGCAGUUUCUGCUUAAUAAAGGCGCUGAUGUCAAUGCUAUUAAUAAAGAAAAUAGGACUUCUCUGCACAUUGCCGCCUAUUAUGGUCACAAAAAUAUAGUCAAAGCAUUGAUGGACAAAGGUGCAAACACUAAUGUAGUAGAUCUCAAUAACAAGACCCCAAUGAAAAUCGCCUACAAAAAAGGGCACAUGGAAAUCGUUAACUUAUUGCAUAAUUAUGGAACUCAUCAAAAUAAUAUUUAG